GAAGCCGAUGCAGUGCACUGGGAGCAGAAGGAGUGCUACGGAGAAGGCUGGGGGGAAGGCCGCGACCACGACGAGUGCAUGCAGGAAGGCGUUCACAGCUUUCCGACAGUGCGAUUCUACAGCAAGUCCGGGAAGAAGUUCGCCGAUUUCACGGACGAGCGCACGCCUGCGAAGCUGCUUGGGUUCGCAGAGCAGCACGCCACCCCGCACGAGAGACCGGCGCCCCUCGAGGAGACGCGGAUGGAGCAGCCGGUGAUUGCUGCCCUUACUCCAGCAGCCCCGACGGCAGCCGCGGCCGCAUCACCGGUGAAGGUCAUCGAAUACUUGGCGAAGAGCUGCCCCCACUGCCAGUCGAUGGAGCCUCUUUGGAAGGACGCCCAAGCGCAGUGGGCAGCAAAGGCCGCGAACCCCAAAGUUCAGUGGGAGCAGAAGGAAUGCUUCGCCCAGGGUUGGGUUCCAGGCAAAGACCUCGAGGAGUGCAAGAGGAGCAACAUCGAAGGCUUCCCCACACUGAAGAUCUUCGGAGGAACCUCUCCGGCUGCGGGAGAGGAGUUCAGCGGCCCAAGGUCAGUUCCCAAUAUCCUCUCAUGGGUGCAUUUAGGCGUUCCUCUGCCGCGAGCUUUGGACGGAGACAGUGCUCCGGUGCAUCUUCUGCCACCGCACAAAGCCUUCAACUGGAUCCAGGAUGGAUCUGUAUUGGUCUUUGAUGUGACAGCCUGCAGCGAAGGUAACAAGAGCCCGGCUGAAGUUCCAUGGCGCCUGCAGGAAGGAGGCCCGGGAGACCUGGUGCCCUACGGUUUUGCGACCCUACUCUCCGAUCUCCCCGACGAAGCGAAGGCCACGGUCUUUGAGACAUUCGUUGAUGACUUCUUCGGUCCCUCUGAGGUGCCGGAGUUGGCGAUAGUUUUUGAUCGCCAGCAGCAACUUGAGACCGCGAGGCAGCCGGGGGUGGCGUGUCCUCCAGGCCAGGCCAUGGCCCAGUGGAUUCUGCGAAACAAAGCCCGGCCGCACCAGGUUUUUCUGGUGGAUCGUGACGAGUAUGCGAAAAAAUACCAGCGCUUGCAAGACGCUGCAGCCGGAACUGAGAGGCUCACGUUUCCUUCGGAGAUCGUCGAGGAUGGCUUGUACUUGGGGCCUCUGCAGACAGCAACUUCGUCGGCGGUUCUGAAUGGCCUAGCGAUUACGCAUGUGCUCAGUGUGAUCGACCACUCAGACCAUCCCUCGGCUGACCUUUACCCGGUCCUCAAGAAGGCUCUUCCCUGGAUGCUUGCGGCUUUUGCAGAGACUCCGGGUGCCAGGCUGCUCGUGCAUUGCGCACAAGGUCGCUCCCGCUCGGGUAGCGUCGUGAUUGCCUGGUUGAUGUGUGUCAAGAGGGUGCUGGAAAGAGACGAGAAGAGCGGUUCUCCUGCAUUGUUCAGGGCCGUAAUGGGGAUCGUGAAGCACCUUCGGCCAUCUAUCCAGCCCAACUAUGGCUUCGCGUGUGCUUUAGAGAAUCUCUUCCACGACGAAGGGGCACUUGCGCCUCUGUUGAUGGGAAUUGAGGCCUUUCUCAAGACCCCAGGCGGCAGACGAUGGCAGCUUGCAUUGGGCUGA